GAGUAUUAUGGGCUGUCGAGUGCUGGCUGCUGCUUUUCUGCUCCUGGAAGCGGCCGAGGGGGGAAGCGGCGAGUCAACAUGGAGCUCUCGGCGGUGGGGGAGCGGGUGUUCGCGGCCGAAGCCCUCCUGAAGCGGCGUAUUCGCAAAGGACGCAUGGAAUACCUCGUGAAAUGGAAGGGCUGGUCGCAGAAGUACAGCACGUGGGAGCCCGAAGAAAAUAUUCUGGAUGCUCGCCUGCUUGCAGCCUUUGAAGAAAGGGAACGGGAGAUGGAGCUCUAUGGCCCCAAAAAGCGAGGGCCCAAGCCUAAAACCUUUCUUCUCAAGGCCCAGGCCAAGGCAAAGGCUAAAACCUAUGAAUUCAGAAGUGAUUCUGCCAGAGGAAUCCGGAUCCCGUACCCAGGCCGAUCACCCCAGGACUUGGCAUCUACAUCCAGGGCCCGAGAGGGCCUUCGGAACACAGGUCUGUCCCCACCAGGGAGCAGCACCAGUACCUGCAGGGCAGAUCCACCUCGGGACCGGGACAGAGAUCGAGAAAGAGGUGCCAGCCGCGUAGAUGACAAGCCCAACUCGCCAGGGGACAGCUCCAAGAAGCGAGGACCGAAGCCCCGGAAGGAGCUCCUAGACCCUUCCCAGAGGCCAUUGGGAGAGCCCAGUGAUGGCCUUGGAGAAUACCUCAAAGGCCGGAAACUGGAUGACACCUCUUCUGCGACAGGAAAAUUCCCCGCGGGCCACAGCGUGAUCCAGCUUGCUCGAAGGCAGGACUCAGACCUGGUACAAUAUGGCGUGACCAGCCCUAGCUCGGCAGAGGCCUCGGGCAAACUGGCUGUGGACACCUUUCCGGCCAGGGUGAUAAAGCCCAGGGCUGCUUUCCUGGAGGCCAAAGGCCAAAGUGCCCUGGAUCCUGGUGGCCCCAGGGUUCGACAUAGUUCAGGUACCCCAGGCUCAGUGGGAAGCCUGUAUCGGGACAUGGGGGCUCAAGGGGGAAGGCCCUCCCUCAUCGCCAGGAUUCCAGUGGCCAGAAUCUUGGGGGACCCAGAGGAAGAGUCCUGGAGCCCCUCGCUGACUAACCUGGAGAAGGUGGUUGUCACAGAUGUGACCUCAAACUUUUUGACCGUCACCAUAAAGGAGAGUAACACGGACCAAGGCUUCUUUAAGGAAAAAAGAUGAAUGGCUGGGAUGGGGAGCCCAGGACCAGAGCAGGGGAGAGUGAGCUCCAAUGUGGCUUAGUGCUUUUUUUUAUUUCUGAGUGGCUGUGGCCUUCUGGUUGGUCCUGUCCUUAACUCCACAAGGUCCCCCUGGAGUCCCUUUCAUUCCUCCCUCCUCAGUUCUGGUUGGAAAAUUAUCUAGAGUUUCUAUUUUCUAUUAGAUGUAAAUAUGUUAUUUAAGAAAAAUAUCUAAAUAUAUAUAUUUCAACUCUUGAA